AUGGCCGUUAUCACCCGUGUUGCCGACCUCAAGGCCAAGAAGUCCAUCUGUGACGACCUUCUCUCCGCCCUCAUCGAGCGCAACUACCCUGCCGCCGAUGCCCCCUCCAUCACCAACAUCCGCGCCCAGCUUUGGGUCAAGGUCUUCGCCAACGGCUGGACCACCAACUCCGCCAACCCUGCCCCGGCCCCCCUCCGCAAGCGCAAAAUCGAGGAGACCGCUCUUUACGUCGGCACCCUCAAUGAGGACGUUCCCAUCAAGUCCAAGGGCAAGAUCGUGCCCGAAUACCGCCGCGCCCGCGCUCCCGUCCAAUUCAAGGCGAGCUUUGCCUUCGGCGGCAAGCUCGACUUCUACUGGAUCGAUGACGAGGGCCAGAAGGUCCCUUCCGAGUCCGUCGACAUCGAGGGCGACAUGUCGUACGAGGAGAUCAAGGGCAUGGUCGCCAACUACUACGACCAGAACGAGAUGGAACGGGUUGGGGAGUGGAACUGGGCCAAGGCCGUCCACUGGGCCCGCGCCCGCAUCACCACCAUCGCCGUCCGCACCACCUCCGGCGUUGGCGUGAUCGGCCGCCCCCAGCCCGUUCCGGACGUCCAGGAGGAUGUCAGCGAGCUCCAGCAGGUUCGCCUCGUCGAGCAGUACCUGAAGGAGCAGGAUGAGCAGGAGGAGACCGCCUAG